UCAUAUUUGCGAUUAGUUUUGCGGAUUUCCAGUGCAGAAAAUAUUUGUAUUGUAUUUGGGUUUGGUGUUAAAUUGAAGGAAACAAUAAUAUGUUGGAUUUUCUUAUCGCACACUGAAUACUGUUGAAUUAAUAUGCGUUAUUUCCAAGUUAAACAAUGGAUUGGUUUGUUGUGUGAGCAGGAAAGUUAGGAUGAGGCGAUGUAUAACUCGCCUGUAAAAUGGUAUACAUAUGCAUACACUUGGAGGAAUCGAUAAAGUGUAAUCCAAUUGCCUAUAAAAAUGUGUAAUUAACUUUGUUGAAUUGGUGCGAAGUGAAGGUGAAAAUAGCAAUAACGUGAUUUGCGGUAGAACUGAACGGAAUAUUACAAAAUGGUUUCGAAAAUAGCAUCUUAUAUGUUUCUUAUUUUGGCAUCUUAUACGAGUGUAAACUUAUGCGUAGAAGUCCAUUUUGAAUCGGCAGAGAGUGGAUUUUUCCUAAAACAUUCACGUCAGCCGCCUAUUGCGCCCGAAAUAUCAAUUCAAACGUCAUCUGCCACUCCAACCAAAGCAAGGACAUCAUAUGAUUCGGUCUUGUCUGUUGAUCGUUUCACGGUGGUUCAGACAACCGAACCCGUAUCUAUCAGAGCUAGCUAUGGUCCAUUUUCAACAAAACAAACAGUUCCAGCGCGUUAUAUUGUUCCGGACAUUUUGGAAAAUCAAAACAAUAGUCUCAAUGUAAGUGAUUUGCAAAAGAAAGAAAACUGAAGUAUUUUUUAACCG